AGGUUUAAGGCUCAGGUGUGGACGUCACCGGAGAAGCGCUGCUUGUGGAAAAACGACCCAGUGCGCAUGCGUGGAGCAUUCGAUCACUGGUGGAGUAGCUAGCUGCUAGGCUACGAACCCAGCCACCAUGGAGAGGAAAGUUCUGGCACUCCAGGCAAGGAAGAAGAGGGCCAAGGCAAAAAAGACCAUCAAAAAACAGCCACCAAAUGUUCGAUCUCGACAACCACCACAACAAGAAAGCCCACCUCAGGAGCCGGAGGAACCUGAGGAGAUUCUGGGCUCGGAUGACGAGGAGCAGGAGGACCCCAAUGACUACUGCAAAGGUGGCUACCAUCAUGUAAAGGUAGGAGACCUUUAUAAUGGGAAAUACCAUGUAAUCCGCAAACUGGGAUGGGGACAUUUCUCAACCGUGUGGCUCGCCUGGGACAUCCAGGUUAAAAGGUUUGUUGCAAUGAAGGUGGUGAAGAGCGCAGAGCACUACACUGAGACGGCUGUGGAUGAGAUCAAACUCCUUAAAUCUGUAAGAAACUCAGACCCCGACGAUCCAAAGCGUGAGAUGGUGGUCCAGCUACUAGACGACUUCAAGAUCUCUGGUGUCAACGGCACUCAUGUCUGCAUGGUAUUUGAGGUGUUGGGACAUCACUUGUUAAAAUGGAUUAUUAAGUCAAAUUACCAAGGGCUGCCCCUGUCUUGUGUGAAGAGCAUCAUUAGACAGGUUCUUCAAGGUCUGGACUACCUGCACACAAAGUGCCAGAUUAUCCACACGGAUAUAAAACCAGAGAACAUCCUGAUGAGCGUUGAUGAGCCCUAUGUCCGAAAGCUUGCAGCUGAAGCUACAGAAUGGCAGCGGGCCGGGGCCCCACCUCCCUCUGGCUCAGCAAUAAGCACAGCACCGGCCCCAAAACAGACUGUGAAAAUGUCCAAGAACAAAAAGAAGAAGUUAAAAAAGAAACAGAAGCGUCAGGCAGAGCUGCUGGAGAAGUGCAUAAUGGACCUGGAGGAGAUGGAGAAGACCACAGAGACACGAGAGGACGACGAGGAAGAUAAGGACCCACAGUCUCCCAAGGGACGAGCCUGUGCUCCUCUCAGACACGUGUCUCUUCAGGAGUUCAGAGACGACGGAUCAGCGGAGCGGAGUGUGACUCCAGAUAACAUGAGAGUGGGACCAGACGAACUACCAGAGGCCAACUGUAAUGGCCAUGCAGAGGUGGAGGAGAGGCAGUCCAACUGUACAAAUGAAGACCAGCACAAUGGGAAUGCAGAGUCUCCAGAGGAGCCACGAAAAGAGUCCCCCGUCCACCCACUGUGCAAUGGCGUGGAGUCUACAGCUUUCAAUGAGUUGUACUGUGAGCUGGACGGCAGAGGGGCUCACAGCAGUGGAGUAACUCGGAGACGCCUUCCUGCAGGACUGGAGGAGGGAGAACUUGAACAAAACAUUUUGCACAAUGAGGAUGAGGAGGAUGAAACUGAGUGUCAUUACCGAAUCCAGGAAGGCCUGAGAAACGACAAGUUAACUGCAGGAUCCCUGUUAGUUAACCCUCUCCAGCCAGGCAAUGCAGAGAAGAUCAAGGUCAAGAUUGCAGAUCUGGGAAAUGCUUGCUGGGUGCAUAAGCACUUCACAGAAGACAUUCAGACUCGACAGUACCGGUCUUUAGAGGUUCUCAUUGGUGCAGGAUACAGUACGCCAGCUGACAUCUGGAGCACAGCCUGCAUGGCCUUUGAGCUCGCCACGGGUGACUAUCUGUUUGAACCUCAUUCUGGUGAAGAUUAUUCCAGGGAUGAAGACCACCUCGCUCUCAUGAUUGAGUUGCUUGGUAAAAUCCCUCGCCACUAUACGCUGGUUGGGAAAUACUCGCAGGAAUACUUCACCAAGAGAGACCACAUAGCGCUGAUCAUUGAGCUGCUGGGGACUGUCCCACGCAAACUCAUAAUGACCGGCAAAUAUUCCAAGGAUUUUUUCACCAAGAAAGGGGAUUUGAAACACAUCACGAAGCUAAAGCCGUGGGGCCUGCUGGAGGUGUUGGUCGAGAAAUACGAGUGGCCCCAUGAGGAAGCAGAGUGCUUCUCUGACUUCCUACUUCCCAUGCUGGAGCUGGUCCCAGAGAAAAGAGCCACGGCUGCAGAGUGCUUGCUCCACCCCUGGCUCGCUCUUUAGUGGACAUGUUCAGGCGUUGCACCUCCCUUUCCUUCCCACUUCCUUAAGAGACUGCAACAGAUCACUUUCCACUUUGGGCAUAUCAGAUGGAUAUUUAUUUCUCUUUUUGUUUCAUUGUUUUGGAUUUUUUUAUGCUCUUGUUGAGCUGUUGCUUCUGUGUAUGUUUGCUUUGUACUUGUCUGUUCUCCUCUCUGCGUGAUGUUAGGAAUCCAGUGGAUUUAUUAUUUGAUGUCGGCUCCAGCUGUUGUGCUCUGUUUGACCCUUCAACCAGGAGCAAAACAGUCAUUGUUCUGCUUGUGAAUCGUCCUUGUUUGUUACACUCCUGCACUAAAACUCAAACAAAUCAAGGAUAUGUAGCCUUUAAUUUCUUUGUUCCCUUAAAAAAGGACUUAUUUUUUCCUCAUACAUUUCAUUAGUGCUGUGUUCCUUUUUUUAAAUUAUUUUACCUUAUAUCUCACAUGUAGGGGUAUACAGUUUGUAUUUGUAAAGUAGGUUGAGGAAGUUGCACACUGGGCUGACAUUUACACUGACUGUAGUAACAUUCAUAUAUUUUCUAAGGCUCUCUUGAGUCUUUCUGACACUCAUUAGGUAGGUCAUAUUUAGCCAUAACAAACUUAAUGCCACCUGGUAUUUGGAAGGUAGUUAAUAAAAAAUGAGACUAUUUGUUCUCAUGGGAGGCUGGUAUUCUCAUUUGCUUAUUACAAUUCAGGUUUAGGGGGAUAAAAGGUUUCAAUGAGAGAAAAUGUUAAAGUCCAAUUUAAAGGAGGGGUGGGGAGAAAAAAAUAAACUGUAUAUAUCUGUACCAAAGAGUUUGCCUUUAUGUAUAUUACAGUUAUGUACAGUUUUUAACAAAUCUUAUAUCUUAGCUAAAAAGAUUUAGCUGGGUAGCUGUGUUUUAAUAAAGCGUAUGGAAGAUGUUUGAGCACGGUUGUAUGUAUGGCCAACUGUUGAGGGAUGAUGUACCUGUUUUUAAUUAUAGUCGGUGAGAGCUGAUGUGUGAUGGUGUAGCGAACCGAUCAUAUCAAAGUAAACUAUUUUAUCUGCAGAGACCUAAAGUUAAAACGUACAAAUUACAUUAGCGUCACAUUCAAAAAACAUACUUUGUGUGAGUUGUUAGAGAGAAACCUGUACAACACACCAUUCAAUAAAAACAGAUCUUCAUACAGUA